AUMUCUUAUAUUUAUUUUAAAAAAUAUAAUGAUAUUAAAGUUAACAUUAAACCAGAAAAAAAGGAUGAAUGCAGCAAAUAUUUUACUUAUCUUACUAAUUUUAAAUCGUUGUACGAUAAAUUAAAGAGUGAUCAUUGUAAGCCUAGUUUUUGGCCUUUUUCUUCUUCUGUACCUGAUUACUUUAAUUGCACACAGACAUUUGACCCCAAGAAUCUCUUAUCCAGUGUGGAAGGAUGUAAGCCUAACAAACCUGCAAGUAGUGGAUUCACAUUUUUCGGUUUCCUAUCAGGGGGAUCACCCUCUAGAACAUCAGGUACUGGAAGUGCUGCGGUGACUAAAGAAACCACAAGGGCCGCAGGUCCAGAAGCAAAAAUUACCGGAAGUGCUAAAAAUCCAUCACCUGAUGUUUUACCAAAGGAUAAAGGAGCAAAAGGGGGAACAGAAGCUAUAGUAACUGUUGAUAGGUCAAAAGGUUUAACAAGUUCAACCAGUCAUGUAACUGUAGGAAGUUCACCACGUCCAGCAGCUGAAGCAACAGUACGUAAUAGUGCAGUAGCUGGAGGAGGAUUAUCUAAUCAAGUAGCUAAUAUGCAACCUAGAGUAACUUUGAGUUCCCCAGUAGGAGGUAGUUCUGUACAGAAUGCUCUUGCAGCAGUGUCUGCUACUUUACAGAUUAGAGACAGUACAGUACCUGUACCCAUUGUUGAUCCUCCUGGCCCUUUGGAAGGUGUAUCUGAUAAGGUUGACUCAAACUUUUAUCGUAACAUCAUCAUGGGGGUAGCAAUACUUGGAACGAUAUACUUUCUUUUCUAUUACAACAUGACAUCUGGAUUAAAAUCGAGAUUUCCCAAAAGAAAACGAAAGCAAAAGAUAUUUGAACAUAAUUAUUACGAAGAGUAUGAAAAAGAGUUAGUAAAGUAUGAUUCAGAAAAUGAGUCUUUAGAUUCUCAAUCGGAUAGGUAUUAUUUGAAUUAUCAACCUGAGGGAGACUAUGAUUACUAG